AAAAAAAUGGAGUCAAGGCAAGCAGUGAAGGAAGAAAGAGCAGAAGCUGCUGCAAAAAGAGCAGCAGAUGAACUAAGCGACGUGAAUAAGGAACGAAGGGGUCAAAAUCAAGGAGAUGUUGAGCAAAAUCCCGGUGUAAUUGGCAGCAUAAUCAAAUCCGUUCAAGGUACUCUUGGUCAUGCUAAGGAUGCCGUCACUGGAAAAGCCCAGGAAACCGCCGACACAACUUCGGAAAAUGUGAGACGGUCUAAAGACGCUGCAGCUGGUAAAAUGGGCGAGUAUGCUGAUAUGACAGUAGAAAAGGGUAAGGCGACUAAAGCAUCUGCUUCAGACAAAGCAAAUCAAGCGAAAGAUGUGACUUUACAGAAGGGUAAGGCCACUAAAGCAUUUGUUUCAGAUAAAGCACAAGAAGCCAAAGACAAAGCAGGUGAGUACGAAGAUUCGACUGUAGAAAAGGCAAAGGAAACGAAGGAUUAUGCAGCGGAGAAGGUGAAGGAGGCGAAGGAUAAAACAGUAGGGAAAAUGGGAGAGUACAAAGAUUACACUGCAGAUAAGGCAAAAGAAGCGAAAGAAAGUGCAACUCGUAAAGCAGUAGAGUACGAGGAGUAUGCAGAGGACAAAGCAAAGGAAGCGAAGAACACGACGAUGCAGAAAACCGUAGAGUAUAAGGAUUAUACGGCUGAAAAAGCUAAAGAAGGGAAAGAUACGACGGUGGGGAAAUUGACUGAUCUGAAGGACAGUGCGGCUGACGCCGCGAGGCGGGCGAUGGAUAUGCUUACGGGUAAAAAGGAGGAAACUCAGCAUAAGGCUGCGGAAACGGCUGAAGCGGCUAAACAGAAGACAAGUGAAACCGCGGAAGCGGCUAAAGAGAAGGCAAGUGAAACGGCGGGAGCUGCUAAGGAGAAGUAUUAUGAGACUGAAGAAGCAACAAGAAGAAAAAUGGAUGAAAUGAAAAUACAUGAAGGUGAUGAUCAUGAUAAAAAAGUUGCUACCGGUGGUAUUUUCGGUGCGCUCGGAAGCAUAUUAGCACCAAAACAUACCACCGAUGAGACUACUACCGGAGGAGGAGGAUCGAAAAUCGUGGUGGACAUGGACGAUACUCGGGCAGGUAAGACUGCGACGACGUUGAAACUGGCCGAUCAGAUGACCGGCCAGACAUUCAACGACGUCGGAAGAAUGGAUGUUGAAGGCAAUAUUACUGAAGUUGAAGCUAACGAUUCAACUGGGAAAAAUGUGAAAAUGAAGUACUAAAAAAUAGGU